CGGAGAGCUGGCCGUGUUUUCUACAGGAAACAAAUCAGAGAGAGAGUGAAAAUACUGUUGUAACCCGUCGUGUUUCGUCGCGGUUUGCGAGUGUUUUCCUAGAAGCGGGCGCUUAGCGAAUCACGGCAAUCUGGAGCCCCGUUUGUUUCGACCCCGGAAUCGAAUCUAAAGGUUUUUGUUUUGUUUUUUGGAGGUGUGAGGCUCGAGACUCCGCGCAGAAUGUCCGUUGACUGGCUCGGUGUGCUUAUCGUUCGCGGGCAUUAGGUUGAAGGAACUAUCACCACCUCUGGGCGAAACAAGCGCCACGCAUUUGCCUUCGAGGGUCUUUUGGGUGAAAAGCAAGAGAAUAAUGGCAUUGCUGGCCGUCCGGAUGCUGGUGCUGGGGUUGUGUGUAGGGGGACAGGCUGCCGCUGCGGGAGAGGGACAGUCCACUCCGGCCACAUGCUCUCCGCUGUGCCGCUGUGAUGAAGACGGAGGAGCGGACUGCUCUGGACGGGGACUGACCAGCGUCCCCACCGGCCUCAGCGCUUUCACCUACUACCUGGACAUCAGCAUGAACAACAUCACUGAGCUGCCUGCUAAUGUCUUCAGAAACCUGCCGUAUCUGGAAGAACUACGUUUGGCUGGUAAUGACCUUGCUUUCAUCCACCCAGAGGCUCUGUCUGGCCUCCAUCAGCUUAAAGUCCUGAUGCUUCAGAACAAUCAGUUGAAGACUGUCCCCAGCGCAGCUCUCAAGAAUCUCAAUGCCCUGCAGUCUUUGCGUUUGGAUGCUAACCACAUCACGUCAGUGCCUGAGGACAGUUUUGAGGGUCUGCAGCAGCUCAGGCACCUCUGGUUGGAUGACAACAGCCUGACUGAGGUUCCCAUCAGCCCCUUGCAGCACCAAAGUAACCUGCAGGCCCUAACGCUGGCCCUCAACCGCAUCACACACAUCCCAGACAACGCCUUCACCAAUCUCUCCAGCCUGGUUGUUUUGCAUCUGCACAAUAAUCGGAUCCAGGAAAUUGGGAAAAACUGCUUUAAUGGGCUGGACAACCUGGAAACAUUGGAUCUAAACUUCAACAAUCUGAAGACCUUCCCCGAGGCUAUUCAGACGCUGCCCAAACUGAAAGAACUUGGAUUUCACAGCAACAACAUCGCAUCCAUCCCCGAGGGAGCCUUCUGCAGGAAUUCCCUUCUUCGAACAAUCCAUCUUUUUGACAACCCACUCUCCUUCGUGGGAACCACUGCUUUCCAGAACCUGUCAGACUUGCACUCUCUAAUGCUGCGUGGUGCCAGUAUGAUGCAGGAUUUCCCCAGCCUGACUGGAACAAUAAAUCUGGAGAGCCUGACUUUAACUGGUACUAAAAUCAGGAGCAUCCCACCAGACCUGUGUGAGGAUCUAACUGUGCUGCGAACAGUAGACCUUUCUUAUAAUUACAUUGAAGACCUGCCAUCCUUUCAGGGCUGCGUUAGACUGCAGGACAUCAAUCUACAGCAUAACCAAAUCAAGCAGAUAGACAGGGGAACUUUCCAGGGCAUGACUAGCCUUCGAGUGCUAGACCUGAGCAGAAACCAGAUCAAGUUCAUCCACAGAGAUGCUUUCCUUUCUCUCAGCGCUCUCACUAACCUGGAUCUCAGUCUGAACUCCCUUGCCAGUGUUCCAACUGCAGGACUGAGCACACUGAACCAGCUCAAGCUGACUGGAAACAUGGAGCUGAGGAACGGCCUGAUGUCUAAGACUCUGCCUAAACUCAGGUCCAUAACGGUUCCUUAUGCCUACCAGUGUUGCUUUGUGGCUUAUGAUAGUGCGGUUAACCCAGCAGAGGAUGACGAGCGAAGAAAUGCAUUUGGUGGCGAGGAAGACAUGGAAAGAAUUCCUAUGGUCAUGCACUGCUCUCCAUUACCGGGGGCAUUUAAACCUUGUGGACACUUGUUGGGAAGCUGGAUGAUUCGACUGACUGUGUGGUUCAUCUGCCUGGUUGCGCUCCUCUUCAACUGCCUGGUCCUUGCCGCCACCUUCUCCCCACGCACCUCCUCUCUGUCCCCAUCCCGCUUCCUGGUGGCUCUUCUGGCCUCUGCUAACCUGCUGACUGGGGUCUACGUGGCAGCGCUGACCUUGCUGGACACGGUCACCUGGGGCUCAUUUGCAGAGUAUGGUGUGUGGUGGGAAACAGGCGCUGGUUGUCAGGUGGUGGGCUUCCUCGCAGUGUUCUCCUCCGAGUGGGCCGUCCUGCUGCUGGCGUUAGCUGCUGUGGAGCGAUGCUUGGCCGUAAAGGCUCUGAUGGGGAAGGCAGGAGCUCUGAGGUCCAGGGGUGAAAGGAGAGAAAGGCGAAGGAGGUUUGCUAUCGCCGCACUCCUUUUGGGAUUAGUAUCUGUUGCAGCGGCCUGUAUGAGUCUGUACCAUGGAACAGCCAUGGGUUCUCCCCUCUGCCUGCCCUUCUCUGAAGGCUCCAGUCCUGGCCUGGGAUUCACUGUAGCCCUUGUGCUAAUGAACACACUAGCAUACCUGCUAAGCGCCGUGGUUUAUACGCGGUUAUACUGCAGGCUGGGGCGCGCUCAGCUGGCUGACCCCGAGCAGGCUGGAUCUGUGCGCCACAUUGCUUGGCUCAUCUUCACUAACUGCAUCUUCUUCUGCCCGGUGGCAGCUUUCUCCUUUGCUCCCCUGCUGGCCGGGACUAGUAAUGCAGUGGGCGGACCAGAGAUGGCCAAAUCGGUGACACUCAUAUUCUUCCCCCUGUCUGCCUGCUUGAACCCUGUGCUGUACGUCUGCUUCAGUCCGUCCUUCAGAUAUGACUGGCUUCACCUUCGAGGACGGGGCAGGACUGGAGGAUGCGGCAGGCUGGUUGGUAAAACAGUCACCAAAGGAACUGUGGCAGGAGGUUCGCCAGUGUCUGAUGAUGGAGAAGGCUUGUCGAGUGAUUGUGGAAUGUACACAAAGCUUCACGGCGACUCUCGAGGAAUGUGCGAACACUGUGACGCCGCUCUCCACAUCCGGACGUCUUCCUCUUCAGCGUCCUCCUCUUCCUCCGCCUGCAGACAUUUAGUGAAGUCCCACAGCUGUCCUGCUUUGAUGGCGAAUGUGCCUCAGUGCUUGAGUUCAGAGGGCUACUGGCCCGACACCGGGACGCUUUCUGCCCAGUCGGAAUAUGGAGACGAGGGGGAUUCGUUCGUGUCAGACAGUUCAGAGCAGGUGCAGGCGUGCGGCCGAGCUUGUUUUUGCCAGAGCCGCGGCCUCCCUUUAGUACACUACUCUUACAACAUCCCCCGCAUGACAGACUGAGCUCACAGCCCCGAGCGCUCACACACUCACCUCCUCACGAGUCCUCCAGGGUGUGGAGUGUCACUGCUCCACAAGGACAGACAGCAGGGAGGGGCUGCAAAUGCAAACAGCCCGGAAGCACUUUCUUCUCUUUUCACACUUGUGCGCAUGUGUGUGUGUGUGUGUGUGUGUGUGUCUGAGUGAACAUCGACUGAAUCCAUGAAAAGGGAAAUCUGACAAUACAGAAAGACUCACUGAGCCAAAUGUUGUCAGCAAACAACACGUCUUGUUUUCUGUUUCCUGUCCCCCUCAGCCGAAUUCAGUUGCGUUGGCACCCAGGGCUGAUUGACAGCUGAUGGACACAGUGAUCUUAUCUCUCCCAGUGCCUGCCUUUCAGUUCACAAGAGAGCAGAAGUUGUCUGUUCAUUUUCUUGGGGCAUUUUGUGUUUUUAGGAAAAGAAAAUGUAUUUUCCCUUUUAUUCUUUCAAACGUCUGUCCUUUUGAUUUAAAGCAGGGAUAUAUGUGCCAUUGUUGCUAGUCAUGUUGAUUCUCCUUGUCCUUUGUCAUCAUAGUCUCAGACUGUAGCGGGAAUCCCGUUCAAUGUAGCAAAGUUCCUCCAUAUACUGGAUUUUUCCAGUAUGCCGAUGAGAAUGUGCUCUAUAUGUUUCUCUUGUGUUUCCUCUAACAGUGAAAGCAUUCAUUCCUUGCUUGCAUAUUCUGAAAGCAAUCCUAAAAAUCUUAUGCCUGUCCUUCAGCUAACCGAGUGAUCCAAACAUGCCAGUACUCUUCAUGGAAAAGAAAUCAUCUUUAAUUUAAGUUUUACAAUGACGUUUGGAUGUCUUCUUGACCACAGUGCUUCCUUAAUCACUAGUAUGUUUCUAAUAAUUUAUUUUAAACAUGGAAAUGCUUUGAUGGAUGAAUGGCAGACUAUAUUUUUUUAUUAUUAUUGUUUAGCAAUUAUUUCUGACAAAAAAAGUCACCAGAUCAUUUCAAGAUGUAUUUUGUACACUGGGUAGAGUAAAAAUAGGUUUUCAUGUAAUAGUGUAAGCUACCUUCUGUAUAGAUGAUCUGAUUUGUUUGCCAUGACACACAAAAAGGAUGCAUAUUAAUAUUCUGACAGAUUACUAUCUUAUUAAUGAUAAACAAUUAAUGGCUGAUAUUAACAUUAAUAUUAUUACAUCUGAAAAAAUAGAUUAAUUUUGCAUGCUAUAACUGAAUGGAACAUGAAAAUAUGCUAAAGAUUUGACUGUUUUUAAAUAUAAAUGGCAGGUGAAGUAAUAUAAAGUUUAAAAAUAGACAUUUAUGCUCAGUAAUAUUUCCAGUAUGUUAAUAAAUAAACUUGAAAUAUUUGGAUCUGCAAUAUUGUGCAAUAGUCCCUGAGGUGUAUUGGAUUUAAAACCUGCCCUUAUGAAAACCCAUUUUUCUCUACACUUUACAUCAUACAGUAGGGUUGGGUCGAUAGACGAUGCCAUCAUCAAUCGCUGAUGGCCGAUAGACAUCACGAUACUGAGCCAGCAUUGCAAUCUUCUACCCUGCCCCCAUUGCAGCAGCAACCCGCAAAAAACACACACUUAGGCCCUGUUUACACUAAUACGUCUUUGUUUUAAAAUGGCAUUUAACAGCGAAAACGAUCCACGUCGACACUGCCGUUUCAUCUAGCAUUUCUGAAAAGCCCUCCUUUCACUAUAUACCGCUGAAAACGCACAUCAGGUGACCACACACACAGUCAUGCGCUGCAGCGUAUGUGCGCGUCUGAGCUCCAUCAGUCAGCAGGUGCUUUGAGAACAAAACCCCAGAGAACAGUGCACAUCGGACAAUUUAUCAAGGAUGUACCGCUGGAUCGCAUCUCACCAUAGUUGUUAAACGUGAUAUUUAAUUAAUCUUGUCUCUAUCUAACGACUCUUCUGAAUCUUUUGAAUCUAUCAGGUAACGUGUCCCAGCGUCAGUACACUGCUUCAAUCUUUCACUUUCACACUUGUACUUAGUAAUUUUAGCAAAACCUCAGAUACUGUUGGUUGGUUCCUGUUGGUUGUGCACCUUGUUUACCAACCAAGUUUGUCGACGCCAUUCUAACGACACAGAUCACUCUGCCUAUUCAUGUCAGAGUCCCGCGGAAAAAGUGAUUGACAGGUGUUAAUUUGUGUGUAACUUAUCUUGAUUUAUUUAUGAUUUGGUUAUGGGUAAAACAAAGACCAUGCGGGUUAGGUAGUUGAAACGGCAGGCUACAAAUAAUUAAUUUGUUAUGAAUUAAUUAAUUAUUCAAAAAAAAUUAAUUCACUGCUGCCUACGACACCGAUGACAUCGUCUAUCGCAAUGUUUCACAUUAAACAUCGUACGAUGCCAAAUUGGUCGACAUCUCCCAACCCUAUCAUACAGUAGCAGCGACGUUUGAUCAGCUGUAUGAUAUAUUGAUGUUUAAAAUUAGCCAUUAAGCUAUGUCAGGUGGAAUCGACAAGAGGACCAAAGUAUCUUUGUUGUUGUUGUUGAGCAAUAUAGAACAUUUUAUGAUCAUGAUUCCACUUCGUCCAUGUAUGUUCAUGAAUUCAAGUGAAAGGAAAUGUGUGUUUUGGUUGCCUUAGAUACCGAAUGUCAACAUCUUUUUUUGGUCUUCUAAUAUGUUUGCAAAAUGAAUGCCAUUAAGCCAGUCAUAUAAGCUCUGGCAUCAACUGACAAGCCUUGCAGGUCGUAGCCAGUAGAACUGACAGAAUUCCAAAUCAUGUGUCUGUGAGUGUGUGUGUGUAAGCGCGCGUGUUUAUAGAUGUCAGAAUGUUGUAAAUUAUUUUUGUAGGACACAUCUAAUCAAAAAUGGGAUGCAUUGUCUAACUGUGGAAGCUACCUCUUCAACCGUAGCGGCUGCCAGUAGUGAGUAGUACAUGUGGUUACGUUUUCAUGUUUAUUUUGUUGGAAUGAUUGCUUGCGCUGUAAAUACAUCUAGAUGUACGUUCUCACUGAAUGAGUCACACGUUAGUUUGUACUGGGAGAAAAUGACAUACUGUAUGCUGACAUUUUUUGUAAACCAAACUAUAUAAACUGAUUCGCUUUAAA